ACCAGACGGCUUUGCUUAAUUCAAAUUUCUUCCCAACGGAAAACAUCGCGGGCUCCCUACUCCGCUUUCCCCAAUCCACGCCCUUCCGAAGAGCGGCGAAUCCGCCCCAGAACCUCGCGAUUUCCCUCAAACCAGUUCUCGGAUCAGAGCGUCGUGGGUGUCGCCGGGGGCAUGGCGCAGACGCCGAACCCCAGUAGGAGGUCGUGGGUCGGCCCGGCGCCGAUGCCAUUCCUCACGCCGCGGCCGGAGCGGCGGCACCUUGAGAUGCGGUGGGCGGACGGAGUGUCCCAAAGCGCUGCUCGCCGUAGCGGCGUCGGCGCCGUUGCCAGGGAUGGAUGCGAGAGGGAUCAGGAGGUGAACGUUCAGGUCAUGCUGCGGUGCAGGCCACUCAGUGAGGAGGAGCAGAGAGUGAAUGCGCAGAGCGCUAUCUCUUGUAAUGAAUCAAAGAGGGAGGUCACAGUUCUGCACAGCCUCUUCAAGCAAGCAGACAAGACAUUUACCUUCGACAAGGUAUUUGGACCACAAUCUCAGCAAAGGUCGAUAUAUAACCAUGCCGUUGCACCAUUAGUGACUGAAGUCCUUGAAGGCUAUAACUGCACUGUCUUCGUGUUUGGGCAGACUGGAACCGGAAAGACAUAUACCAUGGAGGGAGAGAUGAGACAGAAGGUUAGUGAACUACCGGAUACUGCCGGUGUCAUUCCUAGAGCAGUGUGCCAUAUCUUUGAAAUACUUACAGCACGGAAGGCUGAUUAUAGCAUGAAGGUAACCUUCUUAGAGCUGUAUAAUGAAGAUAUAACAGACCUAUUGUCUUUAGAGGACCAAAGCAGAUUCCCUGAAGGUAGACAAAAAAGGCCUAUAACUCUUAUGGAAGAUGGCAAAGGCGGUGCGGUAAUAAGAGGUCUUGAAGAGAUUGUUGUCUAUAGUCCUAGCGACAUAUACAGCCUUUUGGAACAUGGGUCAGCUAGGAGACGCACUGCUGACACUGCACUAAAUAAGCAAAGCAGCCGAUCACAUGCUGUUUUUUCUAUAAACAUCCAAGUCAAAGAAACAACAGUAGGAAAUGAGGAACUCAUUAAGUAUGGGAGGUUAAACCUUGUAGACUUGGCAGGAUCAGAAAAUAUUGCUCGAUCAGGGGCAAGAGAGGGUAGAGCAAGAGAAACUGGAGAAAUGAAUAAGAGCCUACUAACUCUGGGACGUGUCAUCAAUGCACUUGUGGAGCAUUCAGUUCAUGUGCCAUACAGGGAUAGUAAGCUCACCAGACUGCUAAGAGAAUCAUUAGGAGGCAAAGCCAAAACAUGCAUCAUAGCAACGGUGUCUCCAUCUGCCCAUUCCCUGGAAGAAACGCUGGUCACACUUGAUUAUGCUGCUCGUGCUAAAAGCAUAAGAAACAAGCCAGAGGCAAAUAAAAAAACAUGCAAAACUGUUGUGCUCAAGGAGCUCUACCAAGAAAUGGAAAGAAUGAAACAAGAUGUCAAAGCUGCAAGGGAAAAGAAUGGAAUCUACAUCUCUCACGAAAGGUUUGCCCAAGACGAAACAAAAAGAAAGACAAUGAAGGAAAAAAUAGAACAUUUGGAGCUCAGUCUUGAAAAGCAGAACAAAGAAGUUCAAAAAUUCAAAGCCUUGUACCUAGCAGAACAGGAAUGCCACUGGGACUUUGAAAGUCAGAACAACGAUUUGAAGGUAAAUCUUGAAAGCUUGAAGGGCAAGUUCAUAGAUCUUGAAGAAGCUCAUUGCAGAGCUCACAUGUCCCUGAGGGAGAAGGACUUCAUUAUAUCAAAUUUACUUCAUUCUGAGCACUUAAUUAUUGAACGUGCAAAGGAUAUGCGGAACACCUUGGAGAAUGCAACCGAAGAUAUCAGUGUACUUCUGAAUAAACAAGAAAGGCAAUCAAAAACUGAAGCUGAAAACAAAAGGUUGCUAUCUGGUUUUCGGGCUGAAUUGGAUCGUAGUCUUGGAGUUCUGCAUGCUACAGUCGUUGGAUCAGUAUGUGAACAGAGUAAAAUUUUGGAGUCUAUAAAUGAACAAACAAAGUUGUACUUUUUAGCCAGAAAUGAGUCAGAAAACCAAUUGGAAAGAAGAAUUGCAAGAGCCAAAGAUAUGUAUGUCUCCGGGGUCCAAUGCAUGAAGGAGCUCGCUAAUACCAUGAGACAGCAGUCUAUCAUAGAUUCCGAGCAGAUGAGGCAGAACAUAUCUACUAAUGCAAAUGCUAUUGGCAAUUUUCUAGAAGUGAUGUUUUCAGAAGCUGAACAAGUUCUAAAUGAUGUUCUGAAAUCUACUUCAGAUCUCAAGGAACUAUUAGCCUUUUCUGCAGAACUACAAAACACUGGAUUGAGAAGGAAUCUUGCUUCUGUUCAAGCAAUGUCAAAGCAAUCAAUUGAUUUCUUUGAAGAUAUAAGGAUACAUGUGUCUCAGCUCAUGACACUUAUGGAGCAGAAUCAAAUGGAAAGGUCCUCCAAGCUUGUUAAAUUUGAGAAUGAGUUUAAGGAAACUUGUGUUAAAGACGAGCAAGCUGCUCUGAAUAAGAUUGCUGCAAUUUUAUCAGAGUUGACCGCCAAGAAAACUACAAUGGUUUCAUCAUAUAUGGGACAGCUUAAUGAGAGGUAUAGUGAAGAUCAGAAGAACCUGAAACUGGAGAUAUCCAACCUACAACAGGUUUCAGAUAAUGGCAAAAAUGAGUCUGUGGCUUGUGUUGGAGUGAUAGAGAGUCAGUUCCAGGAGGAUAUGUCAUCACAUACUAAAUCAAAUGAUCAAAUGGAAGGCAUCUUAAAACAAUACUCGGAGAAAGGUAGUCAUUUUGUAUCUUACUGGUCACAUAUACAAUCAUCUUUGCAUGAUCUUGUUAAGAGCUCAAUCAUGGAGACUGACGAUUUUAUUGAGGAAAGCAGAAACAAAAAUGAAAAUAUAUUCCAGGAAGGGCUUCUGUUUUCUUCACAGAAUGAUGCAGAGUUUCAUGGCAUUACAUCUGACGUGCUGACUGUUUCAAAGAAUUCCCUCUUACUGGAUCAUGAAACUUGCAAGAUGGUAGAGACUAACACUACCAUUUUCUCGGAUCAUCUGGAACUGCUGAAUGAAAAGCACAGCGAAGGCGUGGAAUCUACAAGAAACAUGAUGAGUGAUUGUCUUGAAAAGGAUUACAUGGCUAAUAGUCCGGUUCGAAACCAUCCACGGGAACUACUGACCAGUGCAAACAGCUUGGAAUCAAUUGACAAACUAAGAGCUUCUCUGCCAGAUCUGGUGGCAAAGUUCAGGCUCGAGAACAAGUUGAAUGAAAUGGAUAAGGGGAAGCAAUACUCGGAUCAAAGGACACGUACUCCAAGAAGUCCUUUGACGCCUGUCAACCAGUAACCUGAGUGGAGAAUGCGCCAAAUUCUGGGAUGCUCAAAUGUUGUAAAGAUGGCAAGAUAUCUUGCCGAUAUGUUACCACCUUAAUUUAGCGUGCUCGUCAGACGUUAGGAUGCUGCAUGCAAAGAUUCUGAUUAGGGUUAGAUAAGAAAUCCAGCAAUAUUGGAUUUCAAUUUGUAUCAUGUAAAAUCAACAUAAUAUUCUCACUUAUGCCUUCCAUUUCUGAUCAGUCAUUUGAGUAAAGUAGCAUGCAAUGUCGAAUUUGUUUCUCGUCCCUGAAUGUGUACAUGGUAAGUUCAAAACCAUAAUAAGUGCUAUUAAAAGCUUGCUAACAUGGUAUGUAUCUCGCGAAUCCACCUGUUACUUCUGUAACGUGCUUUCCAUUUUUUUCCUAACGCAAAAUGUUGCAGUACUGAGCCCUUCCGUUUGUUCGUGCUAUCUGGGCAGGAGAUCACAUGAGGAAAGCACAGCACAGAGAAUAGAGUGAUACGCAGAACGGCUCAUAAAUCAUUUUGGGAAAGAGAAAGGUGAGAGGUAAGGAUAUGUGAUGCAGAACAACACAGAGGAGCAGGGCCUUCUGAGGGAAGAUCACGUUUCAUCGACCAGCGAUGCAGAGGAGCGCAGAGUUCUGGAGGAGCAACUUGGCUGGGCCAGACUGGAGCGGCAAAAGAUCCUCGCUUUGUCUGCGGAGGCUGACGAUGCAAUCUGGCAUCUGGCCACGCUCGCACGGAGGAGGAUGCAAGAAAGGGACGAGGCCAGGAACCAGGCGAGGAUGCUGCUCGCGGACCUCCAGGCAAGGAACGCCCGGAUGAAGGCGGCGGUUCCCGGAGCAUCGUGCUCCAGAGUCGCGCGGCCUGACGCGUUCGCCGCCACCGGCUACGAGCACAUCCAGGCCCAGGCCCAGGCCCAGGCCCAGGCACUCGCUCCUGCCGCGUUCGGGCCGCGGGGGCAGCGUGCCCGUGCGGGAACUGGCUACUACUGCGUUGCGUCGUCCAGCGGCUUCGGCCACAGGAGCAUCGACUCGUCUCUGGACACCUGCGCCGUUCAGCCGUCGCUGCUUGGCUUCGCUUCCUCGAGCUCGAGCCAGGAGCAUUUCGACCCUGACAUGUUCUUGGUGGACGUCGCAGAAUCGCCGCAGGAUGUCGUUCCGGUUCCGGCCACCGCAGACUCAAGCCAGGGGAGAAGCUCCGGCUCCGGCUCCGGCACUUAUGGUCAUAGUUUGGCGAGCAAAAGGCCUUGCAGUGAAAGGAAGUAAUAAAUCAUCAGCUCAAGCUGCAGCACGUCCUGCCACGGGCCAUGGCCAUGCUGCCUAAAUCCUAGGCCGGUGCCAUGUUAGUGCUUGCUCGGUAAAACUUAUAAGAUUAUUGAUGUGUUGUGGAUU